AUGACACACAAGGACACCUUUCUUGAUCACAGUGAGCUGCAUCUAUCAUGGAUCACGCUGCCGCAAAACAAACGCGGCUUCCACUUACCAACACCUGCUAUUGUGAAACCAGUCAAGCUCUGGACUGGAAAACAGGUUUUCUAUUUCAUGCUGAUGGAUCUGGUUAUUUCCAAUGAUCUCAAGAAUCCAGUCAAACUCAAUUUAUCUGCACCCAACAAAAGUUACACCACUGGAAGAGAACUUUGUCCCAAGGAUUCGUUUGUUAUAAUUCGAAAUGGAAGACUGAUGUGUGGUGUAUUGGAUAAAUCACUACUUGGAACUGGCACAAAAACGAACAUUUUCUACAUCCUGCUCCGAGAUUUUGGUGAAGAUGUUGCAGUCGAUGCACUGUGGCGAUUAUGCCGGAUGACAUCCACUUUUCUCACAAAUCGCGGAUUUUCUAUAGGAAUUGGUGAUGUUCAGCUUGGAUCGCAGCUGCUCAAGGAGAAAGCACUGCUGCUGCGUGAAGGAUAUGAGAAGUGCCAAGGGUACAUAGAUCAACUCAAAUCGAGACAGCUCAGGGCUCAACCUGGCUGCACCAUGGAAGAGACUCUUGAGGCAUUGAUCCUUCGAGAGCUCUCUUCGAUUCGCGAUAAAGCCGGGAGGGCAUGCGUAGAGAGCUUGUCGAAGCAUAAUUCUCCCCUGAUCAUGGCAGUUAGCGGCUCUAAAGGAUCUUUGAUAAAUAUAUCGCAGAUGAUCGCCUGCGUAGGACAGCAAGCUAUUUCUGGUAAUCGUCCGCCGGAUGGAUUUGAUAAACGUUCCUUACCGCACUUUGAGAGGUCGCAAAAGACUCCAAAAGCUAAAGGAUUCGUGGAGAACAGCUUUUACACAGGCCUGACCCCCACUGAAUUUUUCUUUCACUCAAUGGCCGGUCGUGAGGGGCUUGUCGAUACGGCAGUGAAGACGGCUGAAACGGGAUACAUGCAGCGACGGCUGGUGAAAUGCCUUGAGGAUCUCUGCGUGAACUAUGACGGCACUGUACGCACUUCUAACGGCGAUGUUAUUGCGUUCGCUUUCGGAGAGGAUGGGUUAGACCCUGCACUGAUGGAAGCCAGCGAUGGCCACGUCGUCAACUUCGCCCAUCAGUUGGAGCAUGUUCGGAACACUCUUCCAUUCAGCAACGAUGAGGACCUGAAUCGGAAUGAAAUGGAGGUGCAGUUGUAG